AUGGGCAAUUCAGCGUCAACUCCUGCAAAUGGCCGACAGCUCCAACGGCGUACACAGUCUCCGUCCCCGUCACCAGGCGCACCUCAUCGUUCUCUGCGCACAAAGAAGAGAUCGCUAGAACUCCCCGACCUGGCGUCCCUCGCACUUACAUCCACUUCCAGCCAGCCCCAGAAACAGCCAAAGACUCCAAGCAUACCAAUCCCUGGCCAGAAACCCAACGCAGAGCAGCCAGAACGUGGCAGACCAAAGUUCUCGUCGACAGAUCUACUUGACCAGCGGGCGACGACUUCAAAUCAGCCAUUUCCGCCUCGUGGCACGCCCUAUUAUCGACAGCAGCACCAACAGCAGAUCCAGCAGCGUCGCAUUCAAGAACUCUACAACCAAUCUCAUGCACCAGCGUCUCCCCCACCUCCCCCAGAGCCCAGGCAACCACAAAGGGCUUCGGCUCCCCCGAUUGUGGCCCGGGAAGUCGUCCGCUCGUCCAUCCCCGUCGCUCUGGAUCCAGCCGCUCGCCAGGCUCCCAACUUGGGCCCAUUUGCAAGACAACAGCCUGUUCCCACCAAGAUUGUCUGGCGGGGUGGAGGUUACAACGUCGUGUUGGCUCGUGCUGGAGACGACGAUUGGAAAGGCAGACGAGUCAUGGAACGCGAGUCGCCUGGGUCCCCUGUUUUCGUGACCACGGUCGAUCUGCUUCCAGGAACACACCACAUCCGUUUCCUCGUCGACGACCAGUGGCGCGUUGCAGACGAUCUUCCCACCGCCGUCGACGAUCAAGGCUCCCUCGCCAACUACGUGGCCGUCCCCUUCCCCCCUGCAGGGAAACCCAAGGACCCUUCGUUCUUCGUCGAGUCGGCACCUGCUACACCCCCACCCCCACAGCCAAAGACGAUCAAGGAUGUUCCCAAUCCUGUCCAGCAGGAGCAAUGGACCAACGUUCUCCCACCAGAGCUACUCGAGGCUUUCAAAGAGGAGGAGAUGUACUUGGCGGCCAAUCAAGGCCAAGUCGACCCUCAUAACCACCAUCAACGCGUUAGUGGAUUCGUACCCGCACCCAACAUCCCACCUGCCCCCACUCUCCCUCGCCAUCUUGAUAAACUCAUCCUGAACAUGCGUGUCAGUCCUGGUCCUGCAGCCAACGCCAUCGGGAACACUGCUGGUCCUGUCGGAAAUGCUGCAAGUGUGAUACAGAGUGGUCUGAAUGGUGGUGUCGGAAGUGGACAAGGUGGCAGUGGACGAUCGUCGAGGAGGGAUCGGAGUGACCGGGAAAGAAGAGAGGAACGAAGGAGGGGAAGGGAGAGAGGUUACUCGGAUGUCUCUGGAUCCCGCCGCGGUAUGCAGCCCCCACCACCCCCACCUCCAACCGAAGUCGGCGAGAUUGGCCCUUCGUCUGCCGAUGGCAUCCUCGCAGAUUCAAUUCCUACAACUAUCAACGAGGUUCCCCCCGUCGAAGGAGAACAGUUGCACGAGACCACCGGUGAAGCGCCUACUUCAAUCCAAAGCACCGCAACGACCACACCUACAACAUCCACGACCCCCAUCCCCUCGCCCUCCAUCCCUACAUCUGGUGGUACUGUAUCCUCGCGAUCCAUCACGAUCGACACGAACAACAUGCCCUCUCUCACCGACGACGCUUCAGUUCUUCCUGUCCCCAGCCACGUCGUUCUCCACCAUCUCUGCACCAGCGCAAUCCGGAAUGGGGUGUUGGCUGUGGCGAGUACGACUCGGUAUAGGAAGAAGUACCUGACGACGAUCUAUUACAAGCCCACUGCUUGA